UUUUUUGUGACUUGUAUUUAUGAAAUUGUUGGACAAAUCAUUCAUUUUGUUACCAUUAAUAGUGAGACUACAAAGCGGCCUCUUCUUGCUUGUGCAUCUGUUCACCUAAAACAUAAGGGGUUCUUGAAGUAUACAAAUGAAAUAUCAUCGUUGAGCCAACGUAUUCUAUUGUCCGGUCCACUAGGAUCUGAAAUCUAUCAGGAAACUCUGGUAAAGGCUCUUGCUAAGGAGUUUGGUGCUAGAGUGCUCAUUGUAGAUUGUCUCACAUUAUUCGGUGGAUCAUCUUCAAAUGCUGAGUCCUUUAAGGAAGCUAUGAAACUUGAUAAGGCAAGUCUUCUUGACAAACAACAUGCUGGAUUAUCUGCUUGUUUGCAACACAAGAGACCAGUUUCUAGUGUUGAGGCUGAUAUUAUGGAGGCAUCUGCAUUUGAUCACGGAUCUCUAUCUAAGCAAGAUGCUCUUGCUUCCUCUUUGAAAUUCUACCCUUACAAGAAAGGUGACAGAGUGAAGUAUGUAGGUCCAUCACAAUCAUCAGAAGUUCCUCAGGGUCCAAGAGGCCCGAAUUAUGGUUAUCGUGGAAAAGUAUUACUUGUUUUUGAAGAAAAUUUAUCUGCCAAGGUUGGAGUUAGAUUUGAUAAGCAUAUUCCUGAAGGCAAUGACCUUGGGGGCCUUUGUGAAGAACACCAUGGUUUCUUCUGUGUUGCGGAUGCACUCCGGCUAGAUAUUUCUUCACGGGAGGAUUCAGGAAGAUCAGCCAUAAAUGAAUUAUUUGAGGUUAUAUCUGAAGAAUGUCAGCGUGGUCCUUUAAUAGUCUUCUUGAAAGACAUUGAUAAAUCUGUUGCUGGCGGUGUAGAUUCAUACGUUACUAUGAAGGUUAGGAUGGACUCUUUGUCGCCAGGUGUUCUUAUUGUUUGCUCGAAUACCCAGGUGGAUAGCCGCAAAGAGAAGUCACAUCCUGGUGGUCUUCUUUUCACAAAAUUGGGAGGCAACCAAACUACACUAUUUGAUUUUGCCUUGCCGGAUUGCUUCAGUAGGCUGCAUGAGAGAAGCAAAGAAAAUUCAAAAACAGUAAAGCAACUCACAAAACUUUUUCCUAAUAGGAUCAUCAUCCAGCCACCGCAGGAUGAAGGUAAAGUUCUUGAAUGGAAGAAGAUAUUGGACAAUGAUGUUGAAACACUUAAGGCCAAGUCCAACAUUCAGAGCAUCCGUUCUUUUUUGAAUCGCAUUGGAUUUGAAUGCAAUGAGCUUGACCAGAUCUGCAUAAAGGAUCAAACACUUUCAAGUGAAAGUGUUGAUAGAAUAAUUGGUUUUGCCCUUAGCCACCACCUGAAUAACAACACGUUUGAAGCAUCUCCAAAGAAAACUAAGCUGGUUCUUUCAAGUGAAAGCGUCCAAUAUGGUCUGUCUGUGUUGCAAAACCUUCAAAGUGAUUCCAAGGGUACAAAGAAAUCACUUAAAGAUGUGGUUACGGAAAAUGAAUUUGAAAAACGACUUCUUGCUGAUGUCAUUCCUCCAAAUGAUAUUGGUGUAACAUUCGAUGAUAUUGGAGCUUUAGAGAAUGUGAAGGACACAUUGAAGGAGUUGGUGAUGCUUCCAUUGCAAAGACCAGAAUUGUUCUGCAGAGGGCAAUUGACAAAGCCAUGUAAGGGGAUACUGCUCUUUGGUCCUCCUGGGACUGGGAAAACAAUGCUUGCUAAAGCUGUUGCAACUGAAGCUGGUGCCAACUUCAUCAAUGUAUCGAUGUCAAGCAUAAGCUCAAAGUGGUUUGGUGAAGGGGAGAAAUAUGUAAAAGCAGUCUUUUCCCUAGCAAGUAAAAUUGCUCCUAGUGUUGUUUUUGUGGACGAGGUUGAUAGCAUGCUUGGGAGGCGUGAAAAUCCUGGAGAACAUGAAGCCAUGCGGAAGAUGAAAAAUGAGUUUAUGGUCAAUUGGGAUGGUUUACGCACUAAAGAUAAGGAACGUGUUUUGGUGUUAGCUGCAACUAAUAGGCCAUUUGACCUUGAUGAGGCUGUCAUAAGGCGGCUCCCACGAAGAUUAAUGGUAAACCUUCCAGAUUGUCACAAUAGAGAAAAAAUACUCAAGGUAAUAUUGGCAAGAGAAGAUUUAGCUCCAGAUACCAAUAUGGAAGUUCUUGCAAGUAUGACUGAUGGGUAUUCAGGAAGUGAUCUUAAGAAUCUUUGUGUCGCUGCAGCACAUCGCCCCAUUAGAGAGAUUCUUGAAAAGGAAAGAAAGGAGAAAGAUGUUGCAUUAGCUGAGGGUAGACCCUUACCUGUCUUGCACAGUAGUGAUGAUGUUCGUGCUCUAAGAAUGGACGACUUUAGACACGCACAUGAACAGGUUUGUGCUAGUGUUUCAUCUGAAUCCUCAAAUAUGAGCGAGCUACUCCAGUGGAACGAACUGUACGGUGAAGGUGGUUCGAGGAAGAAAAAGCCACUCAGCUAUUUCAUGUAGCAAAUUCAGUGCAUUGUACAGCUCUUCAUUUUGAAAGCUCUUCCUUGGAAAAAUCUGAGGAUCGGUGGCCAUCAUAGGCAAGCGCUUCGUCAAAUUCUCGUGUAACAUACGCGUGUUGCGGCAUUCUUAUAUAUUUAUUUUGAUUAUCUAAUUUAGGCUAAUUUAAGUAGGGAGAACCUCUUUGUUGGAAUGCAUUUCCAAGUGUAUACAAAGUUACAACAAGUGUUAACAUUCGUGAUUAGACUGUGUCGACAACUUCAACUUCA